CACGCUGACUUUAAGGAAAAAGAAGGUAGCUUUCAUGCCAGCCCCGGUUGGUUAUCUGGAUUUAAAACUCGCUUUGGAAUCCGACUUUUAAAAGUGUGUGGCGACAAACUUUCAUCGGAUAUCCAGGCAACUGAUCCCUUUAAGCAUAAACUCAGAAACAUUAUUUACGAAUUGAAGCUUUGCGAGGACCAAGUAUAUAACGCAGACGAGACCGUCUUGUUUUGGAAAAUGCUUCCUGAUAGAACGUAUGUCAGUCAAACAGAAAAAACAGCUCCGGGAAGAAAAGCAGAAAAGGCCAGAAUUACUUUUCUUGCAUAUACAAAUGUAACUGGUCAGCAUAAAGUCAAACCGUUAAUAAUUGGGCAUGACAGGAAGCCGCGCUCUUUUAAGGCUUAUGACAUCCCUGUAGACUAUCGGAACUCUAAGAAUGCAUGGAUGACUGCCAACAUUUUCAGAGAAUGGUUUCACCAUUGCUUCGUCCCUCAGGUUCAUAAGUAUUUACUACAGAAAGGAUUACCAGCCAAAGCUAUCCUUUUGCUUGAUUACGCCCCUUGCCAUCCUCCAGAAGAUGAACUUAAAACUGCUGAUGGAACCAUAUUCGUGAUUUAUUUGCCUCCAUAUGUAACGCCUUUAAUUCAGCCUAUGGAUCAAAAUGUAAUUCGCUUAACUAAGCUGUAUUACCAAAAGCAUCUCCUGCUUUUAGCUGUAGGAAAGGAUGACAUCACACAAUUUUUAAAACAUUUAACUUUAAAGGAUGCUGUAUCAUUUUUAAUGCUUGCUUGGAAUCAGCUGCAGGCAAAUGUAAUAGUAAAAUGUUGGAAGCCUUUAUUAGAAUGCUUAAAUACUACAGAAGCAAAUGAAAGCGAGGAUGAAUACGAUGAUAUUCCUUUGAGCUUACUUCGUCAAAAAAUAUUGCAGGAAAAAUUGAAAGAAGUUCAUGAUAUACAGGGUCUGCUGCAAGUUGUAUUACCGGAGGUAAUUUUAUUCACCCUCUUGACAAGCACCUUUUAAUUAAGUUUUUAUGUGAACAUUAUUUGUUUUAGGAAAUCUACACUGAACAAGAUAUUGAGAAGUGGAAGUCCAAGUUGACGAAGAAAUUGAUUUAGAUAAUUAUGCCAUGGAUACUAAAGAAUCUGGUCAUGACAGCCAAGGCGAGAAACAGAUGGGAAAUUCAAUAAAAGCUACUGAAGCCAUUAAAAGCUUCGAUAUAGCUAUCGCAUGGUCUGAAGCUAACACCACUGACUAUGCUGGCAUCCUAGUACUGAAAAGUCUACGAAAAGUCAAUUUCCGAAAUCAAAAAGCAAACAUCUAUUCGUAAAUUCUUUCAAUAAUAUGUAUGUAUUUUUGAAAAAAUUACUUUAUACAUAUAACCUGUUUUGUUUACAUAAACAAACAUGAAUUUAAAGCUAAUAAACCAAGUUAAAAAAAAUGGUGACCUUAAUAUAGUGAACAACCUCGAUACUGCGAACAGGCAUUGCAGAAAUUAGUUCACUAUAUCCAGACUCCACUGUAGUUGUUAAGCGCUAUUGAAGAUAUCGGAACAUAUCUUUGGACAAAUACUGCAUUUAUAUUAUUGAUAAAAUUAAAUACAGUAGAACUUCCAUAACCCGAACUUCUAUAACUCGAGGUUCUCCAUAACUCGAACUCUUAAAUUGGCAAUAGAAGUUAAAUUUCUUACAAAUUUCCUUCCAUAAAUCGAACUUUAUGACCAUGGCACAAUACAAAAAAAUAAAAUUUUACUGUUGAGGCAGUAUUUUAAAAGAGUCUCUCUAUAUCGUAAGGAGGCGAACAAAAAACGAGCCAAACAAUAACAAAGUGCAACAAACAAAAUUACAGAAUACAUAUUUUAACGUAUGUAUGUACAUAUAACUUUAUGCAAAGUAAAUAACCAAAACUGUCGGUAAAUCUAUAUUUUACAGCUUUUUGAAAAAUUUAUAUUUUAAUGCAAAUUUCUAUAACUCGAAGUCUUUCUAACUCGAAGUUUUUUUGUGGAUUAUGGUGAUUCGAGUUAGAGAAAUUCGGUUACACCCUAACUUAGCCCUUCCUUACUUGCAACGCAACUUUAAAUUUCAUCUGAUUUUUACACUUAAUAACAAUCUUUAAAAAACUGCCGGCAGUUUCAUUUCGUUUGCUUUUGCUUCGACUGCGACUUUGGUACAAAUAAAACAGUUACAAAAAUACGUUAGCAGCAACAGUCGGCGUUUUCAUUUUGUUGCUUCUUAUUUUGCUGUUGCUUUUGACCAUGAUCACAAGUCGUACCAGCAGCAAGUGUCUACUUUCGGCAGUCGUCGGCAGUCGCAGUCGCAAAAAUUGAUGCACUCGACUGUUUGCUGAUUUUGAUUUUUGUUGCUUUUGCUUUCGGUGAAUAGCAGUUAGCGUCGAUUGUUUGCUUUAUGUGAUUUUACAGUGCCUGCUUCCUUGUUUUUUGUAAAUAUCUUGCAAACUACUAAAGCUGUAUAAACCAAACUUUCUGCAGCCAGUUCCCUUACGUACCCGAUCAUAUACCAUGAAAAAAGAUAAAACCUGAUAAUAACCAUGCCUACCUCCCAUACAAAGGUUAUGUUGAAAAUUACUAAAAGUUCGUUAGCUCAAUAACGAAAAACAUCAGAAACACUAAAUCUGUAAAGAAGAAAUGGCGGAAGGAAGCUGCGCUCAGAUUUUUUACAAAAUGGAAAAUAGGCUUAUGGGUCAAAACUAUAUCUCAGAAACUUCUCGACCGAUUUCCUGCUAAUUGAUUUUUGUAACUGUUUUUGCUGAUGCUUUGACUGCGAAUUCGGUGUUUUUCCGAAGCGUAUGCCGAAGUCAUAGAUAAUUUUAAAAAGUCGCCAACAGUCGAAGCAGCACAAAUAUUGCGACUUCUGCUACUUCGACUGCAGUUUUUUAAACACUGCUUAACAAUAUACAUAAGUGCAUACAUAUGUAUAUAUAAAACAUGUACGAAUGAAAGCGGAAUAGAA